GGUGGUGGUGCUGCGGGGUGUGUGUCUCGCACACGCACACGCGCGGCAGCCCGGGACCGCAGGCGCCUCCUCCCCGCCGCAUUAAAACGAGCCAAGUUUCCACGCCGCGGGCAGCCGCACGUCGGAGAGCGGCGCCGGGUCGGGUCCGGUGCUGCAGCCCCGCUGGGACCGGCCCGGCCCCAGGAUGCACCUGAACGCCACGGCUCCUCCGGCCGUGAGCGGCGGCCCCCUCCACCUGCACCCCAUCGGUUACGCCAAUGCCUCCAACCGCUCCGACCUGCUCCCCAAAGUGCCCGACGAGGAGGACCUGGACGUUAACACCGAUAUCUACUCCAAAGUGAUGGUGACCGUCAUCUACUUGGCUCUUUUCCUGGUGGGCACGGUGGGUAACUCCAUCACGGCGUACACGCUGGUGCGCAAGAAGUCGCUGCAGAACCUGCAGAGCACCGUGCACUACCACCUGGCCAGCCUCGCCUUCUCCGACCUCCUCAUCUUCCUCCUCUGCAUGCCCAUCGAGCUCUACAACUUCAUCUGGGUCCAUCACCCCUGGGCUUUUGGGGGGGCCGUCUGCAAGGGCUACUACUUCCUCCGGGACGCCUGCACUUAUGCCACGGCGCUCAACAUCGCCAGCCUCAGCGUGGAGCGCUACAUGGCCAUCUGCCACCCUUUCAAAGCCAAGAGCAUCAUGUCCCGUAGCCGCACCAAGAAGUUCAUCAGCUGCAUCUGGAUCGCUUCUUUUCUCCUCGCCAUUCCCAUGAUCUUUACCAUGGGGGAGAUCUACGGCAAGGACCAGAAUCCCGACUCCCUCAUCUGCACCACCAUCGUGGACGCCUCCACGCUGAAGACGGUCAUCCAGGUCAACACUUUCAUCUCCUUCGUGUUCCCAAUGGUCGUCAUUUCUGUGCUCAACACCAUCAUUGCCAACCAGCUCAUGGUCAUGUUCAAGCAGGCUGCCCAGGAAAACCAGGUCUGCACCAUCGGUGGGCAGCAGACGAUGCUCAGCAUGUCCAUGGAGCCCAACCGUGUGCAAGCCUUGAAGCACGGCGUGAGGGUCCUGCGUGCUGUGGUGAUUGCCUUCGUGGUCUGUUGGCUCCCUUAUCACAUACGGCGUCUCAUGUUUUGCUAUGUCCCCUCCAGUCACUGGACAGACUCCCUUUUCAACUUCUACCACUACUUCUACAUGCUGACAAACGUCCUCUUCUACAUCAGUUCGGCGAUCAACCCCAUCCUCUACAACCUGGUGUCUGCAAACUUCCGACAGAUCUUCCUGUCUACGCUCACGCUCCUGUGCCUGCCAUGGAGGAAGAAGAAGAAACGACUGGCCUUCACCAGGAAAUCCAACAGCAUCUCCAGCAACCACACAUUUUCCAGCCAGGUCACAAGGGAAACUACAUACUGAAGCCAAAGGAUGAAGGGAAACGCAUUUCAUCGCGGAGUCAAAACUUGAGAGAGGCCUCUGUGACUUUCAUGCAUGGUCUCCAAAUUCACGUGUAACACAAAUGUGUUUAGCAAAGUCAUUUUUGUUGGAAGAAUAGGCUUCGUUCUGCCAGUAACUUUGAGGUUAUUUUAAAGCAUUGGCCUUGCCUCUUGUGAGUAAUGUCUACACGUUUUGUAACUUCAGUCUGGCAUAAAUCAAGAUGCAGUGUUAACUGGGAAGCCAAAAUAUGUUAUACUUAGGCAAAAAUCAUACUGCGUUCAUCCUUGUCUCAAUGCAGAGAUGCCAUGUUCACAUCCAAGGGUUUGAGAUCCCGUCUCUUGGUGGCACCGAGCAGAGAGUCUGAUGAGGAGAAAGCAGUUUUGAACAGAAAAGGAUGUUUUUGGAGAAUGGACAUGCUGUUCUAUGGGAUGUUCAAUGGAUGAGGAGUGAAAACUCAGGGAGCCAGGUGGUUACUUUAGGAAUAUGUCUACUUUAUGAGUAAUAUGACCUAGGUGCUCAGAAGAGCCAGUCUGGCUCCUUGGAAUGAAAUAACAACAUAUGAUGCCUUACCUAGGUUGGGGUGGCUGUGGCUUGGGGGAAUGAGGGUCACCUUUCACUUUAGGGCAUCUAUAGUGCCUGGCACAGUGAAUCCCCUCUCCUGCUGGUAUUGGUACUGCAACAUCAACAAAUAGCAAAGUCUCUGGCAAAGUCAAGAAUGCAGAAACUCUGCCCAGCUGGAGCACUGAGAAUGAACAGAAAUGGAAAAUCUUCCUUUUUCCAUAUAGCUAAAUCCUGUUUUAAACCUGGGAGAACAGUUAGCUGGCCUGCAUUAAGAGAUGAAAAAGUGUCAAGCUCUGUGGACCUUCAGAUUUUUCCCAUUCUUAUUCCAAUUUUACUUGCUUCCUUACCAUUUUCACAAACUGAUAGCUCAGAGGUCACAUCAGUUGUAAGCAGCAGGGCCUCUUGUUCUGCCUAUUAUUUCUUUUUGCUGCCAGACCUGCUGUCACCCUGAUCUGCACAGAAGAAUCUUCAGGUAUUGCAAAUGGAGGACUCAAGAAGGUCUAAACUGGGGAGUCUUAGCUCUAAAAUAACUUUCUUUUAACAGGCAAAAGGAACAGAAACAAGACCUGAAAAUUCUCCUUGACAUUUCUCAGAUGGUCAGGAUAGGUAGCAUGAGCUUUUCCCCCAUAUGGUUCCACUUCUAACAGCCCGCUGUGCAGUGUACCAACUGCUCCAGAGUCUUUGGCAAAGGAAAUCGCACACUUCUGGGACAAGCUAAAGGGCUUUCCCUGCUGUCACAUCACCACAUGGUGACCUGCAUGAACCUGGAACCAAUCCAUCAUCCUCUGCAACCUCUGCUGUGAUUUAUUGGCGGUGACCUUGCAUCCCCUUUCACACCACAUUUUGUUAGGAGAGCAGGGCUUGCCCCUUUAUGAUGACAAAUGAGAAGAGUCACUUGGCUCAAUUCUGCUUUCUGAUCCCAUGUCACUCUUCAGCUAACAAGCAUCCUUGGUACUUAGCAGAAGUCUCAAUGAUGGAGAUGUGGAUCUAGUCCCAGUGAUGAACUCACACAGUGAUGGAGACGACUUACUGAUCCACUGGGUACCGGUGAAUUCUCCUGAUAUAGAUGUGCUAUCAUGGAAUAUCUCAGGUUGAAAGGGACUUAUAAGGAUCAUUGAGCCUGACUCCCUGGGCUAGUGAUUUAAGUCCUAUUGGGCUUAGGACAUAGAGAAAACAAUUGCAGAGCAUUUGCUGUGAGUCAUUAGAGAAAGCCAUCUGCUUCUGAGGAAUAUAUAACCUGAAGUUGUAAAGACUUAACUACCAUCAUAGACCUGGCGACCAUCAGCCAUGGCCCCCAGCCACACCAGGGAUUGGAGAUUAUUUUAACCCUUAGUACAGAACCACUCCAAAAGAAAGGGCUCAAAAUAGAAGUCAGUGAGGCUUUAGUUUCAGUUUCUUCUGAUUCAGCCAAACUGCAAGCUCUCUUCUGUCAUGCCUUCUAAUUCCUUGCCCUGGUUGUACCAAACAGGGGGCAGAGAUUACAGCUGACAAAGCACUUUAGUUGCUCGUGCACAGCUGACUCCUCUUUGGCAAGAAAAACAGGUAAUGGCACACACAAGAGAAUAAAGAAAGAAAAAAGCAAAAAGGAGACUGGUCUCUUUGGAAGGAAAUCUGAGAAAUCAGUAAAUGUCAUCUGUCUGCCUGUUAGAAAUAGCUUAGGCAGGCUGGAGAAAGCUCUAGAAUACCGAUACGUACUGCCCUGUACAAUGAGCAAAGGAAGAGGAGUCUUAAUGUCACACACUUAACAUUGGCACUUCCAGUGUUUCUGGAGAGGAUCCGCAUAUUUUAACUUCACCUCUAAAAUGAGCCAGCAGCUGGGAGGUGGUUUUGGAAACCUCCCACAGAAGCUGUAACUGUUGCUUUGACUUCCCUUGGGAUUUAACAUCCUGCGUGUCUCAGUUGCUUUUGAAAGGUUAAACAUUAUUAAUAUACUCCUUCCACACCAACCAACCUGCUGAAAUGUGCUGGGUUAUCUUAGAAAACACUGUUCAAAACCUUGUUGUUUCACAUAAGAUGCUUGUAUCAGAUUUUCAUUACUGAGAUACAUAGGCAGAAUACAGAAUAUUCGAUCACAGCUCAGAGAAACUGGUGGGUUUAUUUCUGGUUUGACAUGAAAAUGGGAACAAGCUGGAGUAAAAAUGAAGUUAUCAUAAACUCUUCCCACAGUAUUUGUUGGGCCACUCAAGUCCUAAAGGGAUGACUAUUCAGGGGGAUGUAUCCAAGCAGUUUGAGGGGUUCUACAGCUCCGUUCCUGCAAUUUAACAUGGGAGCAGACCUAAAUCUAUGGCCUUAAUCUGAGAUUGAGGCUCAAAGCUACCUCUUUCACUGGCCAAAUCUGACUACCUUGAGCUGAGAAGUGUAAAUUACAGCUGAUUUCAUCCUCUCCCCCCUCCUCACCUAUUUUUGCUAUGGUCAAUAGAGAUAUUUAGUGCCCUUGAGCUCAAAGAAGUGAGGAUAACUCACUGCAGGACGCCAUGGUUUUGUAAAGGAAAGCAUGACACCAUAGAGAAGGAAAUAGUACAAACUGCCCAGUAUAUGCUAGAAAACUAGCUCUUUCCAUGUCUUCUAACAACAGUUGAACUAUGAACCCAACAAGGUUUAGCUUUAAACCUAAGUGAGUACAAGUGGCUUUUGCCAUUAGACAACAUGCAUCCUCCCAUCCUUUGCAUUCCUGUCUUGUCUGGGGCAGAGGUGAGUGUUGGAGCAGCACGAUGUUAAUCUAUGCAAAUUUCCUGUAAGUGUUUUGAAAUGUUUGUUCCCACUUCAUAAAGUAUCUGUUGAACCCACAGAUGUGAAGUGCUGCCAGAUGGAUCCCGAGAAAUUCCCAUCUGAAGAGAGUCUACCAAACGACCUCUUUCAAAUGCUAUUUUGAGGCUUUGUUUCUCUUCACAGCAUCCUUGCUAGGGCCAUCCGUUUGGCAGCGUGUGAAAUCAGGUUUACAAAGUCAUGAUGCGAUUUGGAAACCUCCCCCAGACAGGACUUUCUCACCAAAGGCCCAGCACACAUCAGUGUUUGAGUGCUCUGCUGAGCUCGUCUAUUUUGUAAAGUGCAUGAGACCUCGCUCCAAUGACUGCGCCCCUAAAGGAGAACACUAAAUGGAAAAGCCAAAGGAGGGUUAGGAGGACACAGGCUGUAAACAUGGUAAUAGCAGGACCUUUGCACUUAUAGCAUCAAACAUUCAGUGAAAUAAAACCCAAGGUGCGCUCUUGCUGCAGACAGCUUGUGUUGCAGGUUUGAACCCUUCAUCGUGGGGCUGCCAUCCCUACCGUGCCCCUGGACAGACAUCCACAUGGCAUGAGAGAGCUAGAGCUUACCUGUACAACACCUUGAGUGUCAGUCUGAUACCUUCCUGGCUGUGUUGUUUGGUAGCUGUUUAAACUAAGGUGUAUCUGCUUGAGCUCAGGCUGGUUCUUAACAUUACAGUUCUCCUGUUCUCGGUCUGGAUUCGGUUAGUACGACAACAGGAAUUGCCAAUCCAAAAUCUCAUGGUGCCCUGUCCUGGCUUUGUGAUCAAGAGUCCUUCCCCAGCCGUGCCACCUGAUAGUCCUGCACAUAUUGUAUUUAAAUGGCGAAUACUUUUUGAAGUGCACCUUUUAUUUUCUGAGAUACAAAACGUUGAUGUGCUUUAUUUUCUGUGGCCUGUUGUGCAAUGGGGAAAAAAGAUGAAUGUUGCAAGUGAGUCAGCGUCUCCUUUGUAGUAUUUUCUGUGACAAAGGGAAGGAAGAGGGUGUAAAAUCCUUUUGUGUAGCAAUGGGAACCACUCUUUUGAUGUAACAUGCUGUUAUUGAUACUGUAUUUACUGAUCGAACUGCAAUGAAAUGGUUACUUCUUGAUAUAGCCUUUGUACUGUAUGGUAUCUUAUUUUAUUUUGUCAUUUAUUGAUCCUAAGAAAUAAACAUCCAAAUUUAA